AUGGAUUAUAUUCAUAAGUUUGAUAUUGAACUUGAUAGAGAUAUCUAUUAUGCAGGUGAGAAACUCACUGGCCAUGUUGUUGUGGUAAACACUGAAAAUCUUAAAGUUCAAGGGAUUCGUCUCACACUGCGUGGGAAGGUUCAUGUGGAAUGGAAGAUUAUGCGAACUGGGGAACGAAGGACUGUGAAGCAAGAUCAUUAUUACAUUGAUGACAAAACAGUUGUUUGGGGCAAAGACAAAAAUGAAGAAGGAAGUGUCCCUAUUCUACCUCGUGGCAACCACAGAUAUCCAUUUCAAUUUCAACUUCCAGAAUCUGCUUUACCUUGUUCUUUUGAAAGCAAAAUGGCCACAAUUCGAUAUUAUCUUAGAGUCAUCAUUGAUAUGCCAUAUGCUUCGUCUCCUCAAGGGAUUAAGUACUUUACUAUCAUUGGCCCUCAUAUUGAUUGUAUGGAUGAAAGAUAUUUGACUCCACAAGAAGCAACUGACAAGCGGAAUACAUGUUGCCUGUGUUGCGGUACUGGGCCACUUGUCCUCAAAGCUACACUUGACAGAAGUGCCUACUGUUGUGGGGAAAACAUUCGACUCAAAGCUGAAAUACAAAAUAAUAGUGAUGAGAAUGUAUGGAUAGUUUGUCGACUGAUGCAGUAUGUGGUUUUCUUCAUCAAUAAAGGUGUUUUGGGGUUAAAUAAAGAUACAUCACAUAAAGUAUUUGAAGUUGAGGGCCCUCCGGUGCUUCCUUACACAAAUGCUAGAAUAGAUGAACUUGUUCAACAACUGCAAGUCCCUGUUAUGCCACCAACACUGAUAAAUGUUUGUCAGAAUGUGGAAAUAUAUUACACACUAAAAGUAUUUCUUCGCAUGGAGAAGACAGGAGAUGUUCUUCACAUUGAUUUCCCAAUUACAGUUGGAACAAUUCCUUUUCGAAUUCCUAACAGUCCUUCCCCUGAGGUUAAGUAUGAGAAUGCAGUUACUCAUGUGGAAGGUGGUAUUUAUAUCAGUUCUGAGUUUCAAUUUGGUGGUGUUUACAUGGGAGAUGAAGAUGAGACUCCAGAAGAAAUUAUUCUCUACCGACCUGUGUAUGUUUGCAUUCCCCAUGUCAAGAUAACUUAUUCUCAUUCUGGUUUUUUGCAAGAUGACAAAGCAAAAGAGAAGAAGAAAUCAUUGGACAAUGAGAAACCAGCAAGUGUUAUUGAGGAGAAAGACAUCCCAAGUUUUUUGGAAAAAAGUGUGAUGCAGGCAACCACAGACAAAAAAGCUACGCUGAUUGACAAGGUGGCACGGGUUAACAUAGAGUCAGAAUCAUGUGAAGAGAAGUCUAAGAAGGAAAGUGGGGGCAAAUCAGAAAGGAUGGCGGCAGUAGCUAUGGUUGCAGCUACACUUGAAACAGUAAAACAGAUCAAAGUUGAUAUGUCAGGAAAUGAGAAAAAAAUUGCAGCAGGAAAGCAGCAAGCAGAAAAAGGAAAGAGUGAUGCAGUUGGAGGGUUUUCAAAUGACAUUCAACUGAUAUCUAUAGAAACAGAAGGAAAAUCUAAGGGUCAAUCGUAUGAGGAGAAAGAGAAAUCAGAUGUAAAAGCGACCAAAGAGGAAGAUGAGAAGGAAGUCACAGACAGUGAUGUUACCUUGGUCAUUGAUACAAAUAAAUGUACUGAAGCUACUACUACAUAG